GUGUGAAGAGUAUAUAAAAGGAUAUAAAAAUACUUUAUUUACUACAAAUGUUGACAUGUUUGAUUUUUUAAACGUUUAAAAGCGACUCUUUAAUUUACUGUGUUACCCUCUCGACAAUAAAAAAUAAUCAAGCAUUCCAGUACCUUCAGUAUUAUUAAUGCUACUGAUUUUUCAAAGACAAAUAAAUUUGAUAUAAUAGAAAAAACAAAUUAUUGAAAAAUCUCGACAUGUUACGAUAGUAUGAAAGAUUUGGCAUCAUUGUGAAGAACAAUUUUCUUCUAUUUAAUGGACAAUGAACCACAAAAAAUAAGUUAUGCAGCAACCAACGACACGUUGUUACAUUGACGUUUACAAAUUGGAGGUUAUGUUAUGAAAAGAAGGCAUUUGAAAAGUUGGGUGACAUAAAUUAUUUCCCUUUAUUAUUUAAUACAUUUACAAGUAAUAAGCAUAUAAAUAUUUUAAGUAAACCUAAAUAGACAUGGCCCAACUAAUCGAAAGUAUUUUAAAAUAUAUAUCGGAUAACGGCGAUGUUAAUACUUUAAAACUAGCUAAAGAAUUUAACGAAGACCAUCAAAAAAUUAUUGGAUCUUUAAAAAGUAUCCAAGCACAUGGGGAAUUGGUUAUAGCUGAUGCCGUUAGUGAGAAAAAAAUCGAACUUACUGAAGAGGGAAAGCUUGUAGUAGAAAAUGGAAGCCACGAGUUUAAUAUUUAUAAUGCAGUUCUUGAAAAUGGUACACCACAAUCAGAUUUGAUGAAAUUACCAAACGCUAAAGUAGGUUUCAGUAAAGCAAUGUCAGCUGGUUGGGUAGCAGUAGAUAAAAGUGUAAAUCCACCCUUAGUGAAAAGAAAAGUGUCGGAUAUUGAAGAUUUAGUACAAUUACAUCUUAAACAAUUUGAAUCUGGUGAUAGUUCUAAGAUUUCUGAUAAAGAAAAACAGGAAUAUAAGAAGCGAAAGCUAAUACAGGAGGUUGUAAUUAAAAGUUAUGAUUUAAAAAAAGGACCUGAAUUUAGUUUAACACUGACAAAACUCGAAACAGAUGUUACAACAGAAAUGUUAAAUUCCGGUUCCUGGAAAAAUCUAAAAUUCAAAGAUUACAAUUUCGAUGCUUUAGGCGCCCCUUUGGAAUGCGGCUAUCUUCAUCCUUUGCUCAAAGUCAGGUCAGAAUUCAGGCAGAUUUUCUUAGAAAUGGGUUUUUCUGAAAUGCCUACCAACAAUUACAUUGAAAAUUCUUUCUGGAAUUUCGAUGCCCUCUUCCAGCCUCAGCAGCACCCAGCCAGGGAUGCCCAUGAUACUUUCUUCAUUUCUGACCCAGCUAGUAGCUCUAAAUUCCCCCAGGAUUAUAUGGAGAGGGUUAAGAAGAUUCACAGCAAGGGAGGAUAUGGUUCACAAGGAGAAUGCCGGGAUGGUCUGAAAAGCAAGCCCAUGCUUGUAAAAGAAAUCAAUACAAUGAAAAAGGACAUCACUUUUCUGAAGGAGAAAAUAAAUACUUUAAAAAAGGCCAAGUUAGAAAUCGAUAAUGAAUUUGGAUCCCCAAAGAACAAGAAACCCACACUGUCAUCGUCAAACUUAAAUGAUCUUCCUAAUAUAAAUGAAGUCAUAGCAGAACUGAUUGAUAGGGAAAAUCGUAAGAAAAAUAUUAUGAUCUUUAGUCUACCAGAAGAUCAAAACCUUCAAAAAGAAAAGGACAAUUGUAUGGAACUUUUAAAGUAUUUAAACCCAGGAUUGUCAACCACUCCUAAGAUAUUUAGAAUCGGCAAUUAUGGAUAUGAUUGGAAGAUAGAAGAAGCCCAAAAAAAUCUGCUGAGAACCCAUACCACGGCUGUCAGCGCUAGAAUGUUGUACAAGGUGGCCCAACAAAAGGAGUUCAAACCCAUUAAGCUGUUCAGUAUUGAUAAAGUGUUUAGAAAUGAGACAUUAGAUGCCACUCAUUUGGCGGAGUUUCACCAAGUGGAGGGUGUCAUCGCGGAUUAUAACCUAACACUUGGCGACUUGAUUGGUGUGUUUGCGGAGUUCUUCAAAAAAUUAGGCAUUCAUCAGUUGGAGUUCAAGCCAGCUUAUAAUCCCUACACUGAACCCAGCAUGGAAAUAUUCUGUUUCCAUCCCGGUUUGGGAAAAUGGAUAGAAAUCGGCAACUCGGGAGUUUUCCGACCGGAAAUGUUGCUGCCGAUGGGGUUACCUGAAGACGUUUGUGUAAUUGCAUGGGGAUUGUCGCUAGAAAGGCCCACCAUGAUCAAAUAUGGUUUUAACAAUAUCAGGGACUUGGUUGGUCCCAAAGUCGAUUUGGAAAUGGUGCAGAGGAGUCCUAUUUGUAGGCUCAAUAAAUAA